GUUUUUUUACACUGCAGACUCCGCUCCCCCUCAAAGACUGUCUCGACCGUCCCCGGACUCCACAGUCUGGAGCCAGCGAAUCAAGUGACUCUGCUGACUACACGACUUCUCACAUUCGUCGAAUCAAAGCCAAGUCUGGUCGCUUUCGGGACCUCGGCAUUUCCUCCCCCAGACUUCCCCAAGAGCCUAACCUCUAGUGAGUGGCGCCCGUGGCUCAACACAAAACCACGACAUUCCUCUACUCUGACAUAUUUCCUGCUUUCGACUCUACAAAACUUCAAAUUAUUGCCCUUGCCCUCAGUUUGCUCGUAUCUCAUACACUCAGUCAAUAUGACACCCAGAGUUAUUGUUGUUGGAGGCGGAUGUAAGCUUUUGUGCCCAUGGGCAAUGUCCCCAACAAUGCAGUGUAGCUGAUCAUCAAUAGUGUCCGGUUUGAGUGCUGCGCACACAAUCUACCUCGCAGGUGGCAAUGUUAUAGUCCUCGACAAGCAAGGUAUGUUCCAAAAGUCGCAAUCGAAACGUUGAGUGUAAACAGCUAACAUGACGGUGUAGGUUUCUUCGGAGGAAACUCCACAAAGGCCACAUCUGGAAUUAACGGUGCCCUUACCCGAACACAAGUUGAAGGAGAAGUUCGGGAUAGCGUUAAGCAAUUCUACGAUGAUACGUUGAAAUCUGCCAGAGACAAGGCCAGACCAGAUUUGAUCAAGGUCUUGACAUACAAGUCUGCUGCAGCUGUUGAAUGGCUUCAGGAUGUUUUCAACCUGGAUCUUACUCUUGUUUCCCGAUUAGGGUAUGUUUGGACUUUUGCACAUGAAAUUGAGACUUUCAUUUACUAAUAUUUGCGUUCAGUGGUCACUCACAGCCAAGAACCCACCGAGGCCACGAUGCCAAGUUUCCCGGUAUGGCCAUCACAUAUGCUCUUAUGCAACGAUUAGAAGAACUUGCCGAGAAUGAGCCAGAGCGUGUGCAGAUUAUCAAAAAGGCCAGAGUUACUGGUAUCAACAAGGAUGGAAACAAAAUUACUGGUGUCACAUACGAAUUCGGAGGAGAGUCCACAUCUGUUGACGGUCCAGUAGUCCUCGCCACUGGUGGAUAUGCUGCAGAUUUCACAGAGACAUCCCUCCUCAAGAAGCACAGACCAGAUACAUUCAACCUCUCAUCCACCAACGGUACACAUGCUACAGGUGAUGGACAGAAGAUGGUUAUGGCAAUUGGUGGUAACGGAAUUGAUAUGGACAAAGUUCAAGUCCACCCAACGGGUCUUGUUGACCCCAAGGAUCCCGGAUCUAAGUGGAAGUUUUUGGCCGCUGAGGCUCUACGUGGUGAGGGAGGUCUUCUCUUGAACGGAGCUGGUGACCGAUUCUGUGACGAGCUUGGUCACCGAGAUUACGUUUCUGGUGAGAUGUGGAAGGAGAAGGACAAGGGAUUGUUCCCAGUCAGACUUAUCCUCAACUCAAAAGCAUCAAAUGUCCUUGAUUUCCACACCAGACAUUAUUCUGGCCGUGGCCUGAUGAAGAAGAUGACCGGACAGCAGCUUGCAAAGGAGAUUGGCUGCACACCAGACCAUCUCCAAAGCACAUUCAAAGCAUACAACGAGAUUGCAGAUGGAAAGAAGAAGGACCCAUUCGGAAAGAAGUUCUUCCACAACUGCCCAGUUGAUAUCAAUGAUGAUUUCCACGUUGCUGUUAUGGAGCCAGUUCUUCAUUUCACUAUGGGUGGUAUUGAAAUCAACGACCAAGCACAAAUUCUCAACUCAGAAGGAAAGCCAUUCGAGGGUCUCUAUGCAUGCGGAGAACUUGCUGGAGGUGUUCAUGGUGCUAACCGUCUUGGUGGUUCAUCACUUCUCGGAUGUGUGGUUUACGGUCGUGUUGCUGGUGAUACUGCAAGCAACUAUCUCUUCCAAACCGCCCUCAAGGGGUCUGUCGGUGCCGCAGCUUCAAGAUUGGGUCAAAUCUCUCUCCACAUCGACCCAUCUCAGCCAGGCAAGGUUUCCGUUGAAUGGGGUAGCCAAGGUUCAAUAGGAACCGGUUCAAAGCAAGAGCAGCAAUCCCAGACCUCAGCAGGACCCGUCAUGGACGGCAGCAACACUGAUCCGGGAAAGGUGGAGAAGCCAGGCAAACCAGCCAAGUUCAGUGUUCCUGAUAAGGAGUACACCAUGGAGGAAGUUGCCAAGCACAACACCAAAGAUGACCUCUGGGUUGUGGUCAAGGGUGUUGUAAUGAAGCUUGAUGAUUGGUUGGAGGAGCACCCAGGCGGACCACAAGCCAUCAUGAAUUUUAUGGGACGUGAUGCGACCGAGGAGUUUGAGAUGUUACAUGAUGAUGAGGUUAUUCCUAAGUAUGCUCCUGCUCAGGUCAUCGGGCGGGUCAAGGGACAGAAGGUCACUUUGGAGAUCUAGAUAGACUGUAAAAAGGAGAUUUGAGGUGUCGGGGAGGAUGAAGAGAUGAUAUAUGUAUUGAUAUUGGGACGGGCGGGUAUGCAUAAAGCUUCUAAGUUCUCUUUUCUUUCCUCUUUUUCGUGUCGUGGGUUAGGGGUGUGGGUAGUUUAGUUGGAUCAUUUGGAUAGGUCUCACUCCGUCUUGACUCUUGAGACGUAGGGAAAUAAAAUUUUAAGGCUGAG